AUGAUCGACGAUAAAACGCCGAUUACAAUUCCAUAUGUUGUGAGCAGAAGUGUGGUAAAACAAGGAGAUCUUGCAAAGUCUGCAGGAUAUGAUAGGAAUAAGUCUUUAGUUCAAAACUUUAAAUCAUCAUUCGAAACAUUCAGUUUGAAGAAAACCAUAAUUGAAACGUGCCCCGUCCUUGGAUGGCUUCCUAAAUAUGAAUUUCGAAAGAGCAUAGCAGGAGAUAUUGUCGCCGGUUUUACUGUAGCAAUUAUGCAUAUACCACAGGGAAUGGCUUAUGGAUUGCUCGCAGGACUAGAUCCAGUUGUUGGCUUAUACAUGGCUUUCUUUCCAGCACUCAUCUAUUUCAUCUUUGGCACGUCUCGACACAUUAGUGUUGGAACUUUUGCUGUCGUGUCAAUAAUGACGUCAAAAAUUGUAGCGACAUAUUCGGAUCCUGAUUUUGGAAAUAAUGAAUCUCAACUAAACUCAACAUUAGAUUAUGAAGACGAAGCAAUAACAAAAAGCUAUAGCAAUUAUCAAGUAGCAACUGCAGUAACAAUGGUCUGUGGAAUAUUUCAAAUUAUUAUGAGCUUUCUCAAAUUGGGUGUAUUGGCAACAUUAUUAUCACAGUCUCUUGUUAGUGGAUUUACAACUGCCGCAGCAUUUCAUGUCAUAGUUGCUCAAUCAAAAGAUCUGUUCGGUAUUCAAGUUCCAAGACAUAAAGGAGCUUUUAAAAUUAUUUAUACAAUGCGUGAUGUAAUCAUGAAUAUCCCAAACAGUAAUCUUUACACUCUUUGUAUAUCAGUUGCUUGUGUAUCGUUUAUGAUUCUCAUGAAUGAAGUUGUUCGGCCUCUAGCUGCAAAGAAGUGUAGUUUCCCACUUCCAUCUGAGUUAAUGGCAGUUAUUGGAUUUACAAUAAUUUCAUUUGCAUUGAAUCUCGGAGGUCCAAAUUGUAAGGUUAUUGAAGUUGGAAAAAUUCCAACUGGAUUACCGGUGCCAAUGAUGCCACCAAUUGAGCUUUUACAAACAGUUGCUGUCGACUCAAUAGCUGUUUGCAUUGUUAGUUAUUCAAUAAUGAUAAGUAUGGCACUGAUAUUUGCUAAGAAGGAUAGUUAUGAAGUUCGUGCAAAUCAAGAAUUAUUAGCCACAGGUUUUGCAAAUAUUGCUGGUUCAUUCUUUUCGUGCAUUCCAUUGUCAUGCUCAUUAUCUCGUUCAAUCAUUCAACACAAGACUGGUGGAAAAACUCAGGUUGCAUCUGUAGUGUCUGCAUUGUUGAUUUUAAUAUUAAUUUUAUGGAUUGGACCCUUAUUCGAAACUCUACCUCGGGCAACACUUGCUGGUAUAAUUAUUGUUGCAUUAAAAGGCAUGGUAUUUCAAAUUAAAGACCUCAAAACUUUUUGGAAUGAAAGUGCACUGGAUGCAGCAGUAUGGAUUUUAACAUUCCUGACUGUUGUAAUUAUAGACAUUGAUAUUGGUCUCUUGGUUGGAAUAAUAGUGUCAUUUUUUGUUUUAUACAAAAAAGGAUAUAAAAUUUAUUCAUGCAUGCUUGGACAAGUACCAAAUACGGAUAUUUAUGUUGAUCUUCAAACAAAUGUUAACAUUGCUGAAUUGCCUAACAUCAAAAUAUUCCGUUAUUAUGGAUCUGUAAAUUUUGCAACACGAAACAAUUUUAAACAGGAUCUUUAUGAUAAUAUUGGAGUUAAUCAACGUACAAUCAGGAGAGCGUCUAUUUGUAAAGUCCCGGAUGAAAUAGUGAGGCUUAACAAUGAUAUCAGAAAGUUAAUAAUCGAUUUUAGUGCAAUUUCUCACAUUGACAUGAGUGGAUAUAGAACACUUUUGGAAAUUAAGAAUGAAAUGAAGCUGUUAAGUGUCUCCAUCUAUUUAGCUAAUCCAAGUAGCUGUGUAUAUGACUUAUUUGAUAGAGCUCAUAAGUUAAAGGAAGAAUCUUUUGAAUGUUUCCCAACAAUUCAUGAUGCUGUUUUAUACUCGAAUGGGUUAUAA